UAGGCUAGACCCGACGAACAGCUGAUCAGCUUUGUUUACCUUUAUUCGAACUAGAACCACAAACUCCUAUUCGGACAUCCCUAGCUUUAGUAACCCUGAGUUAGUUGUAUAGAAAGACAGCAAAAAUGGCGUAAUAGAGGACAAACUGCGAAGUUAUGAGUGCAAGAAGGAAUGGUAUAUUUGACUAGAAAAAGUAAAAGUCUGGUGAAUUACUGGACUAAGGAGAUUCAGGAGUUCGGCUUGGACAAAAUAGAAUGCUUGAACUAGAAGUUAUUCCUGAACAUGGACUUACAAGCGAGAAUAUCGAGUUUAUUUUGGGAACCCAUUUCAGUUCAGCUAUAGCUUACAUUCAGAACCAAGUUGGAACUAUAAAAGGUGUUGAGAUCUCCUACUGCGAUAAAGAUCCGUUAAGUUUUGAUUUGACGAUCAAACUAACAAGAGAUGGAAUCAAACUCGUCUUUGAUUCUCUAACACAGACAUUAAAAAUCAUCGAAAUUUAUGAUUUGAGUUUAGUUCGAUUAAAAUACUGUGAUCUACUGUUCAACUGUCCUGAUGUGUCUCCUACGAUAGAGCAGGUUGAUCAGUCAUUCGGCGCUACUAGACCUGGAGUUUAUGAUGCGGAGAAACAAAUCUUUACUCUCACCUUCCGAGGACUAUCUUUCCAGUUCCCCGCGGAGACAGGGUUCCAACCCAGCUACGCCGGGAGCAGGAGGGAGCUCGGUAAACUACAGUUCUCUCCAGGAGAAUCUCCUAGUGUAUCCCACUUAGCAAUAUACAGUGGAAACUCCCUGGCGGACUGUACUCCGCCUCCUCCUCCGCCCCAACCUAUACCCACGCUACUAUGCAAGUCGGUCGACGUGAUAAGAUUUGGUAGAAGAUCUUGUGGUUUAUCUUUUACAUUGGAACCUUCGGGAGAAAUCAGAUCUAAUUUUAAUCAAAGGUUUGUUGGAUCUUUUCGUUUUUUCGUUUUUUUUUUUUUGAAUUCUUUGAUGGGGACCUUAUCUUUGUUUCAACAUUAUUUCAUCAUUCCUUGCUUAAAGUUUAAUAAUUCUAUCCAUCCUCCUGCAUGCAUUAUAACUACCUCCUAUCUACCCAUCCCCCCCAGCACUAACGGGCAUCGUUUUAGGCCCUUUUUUAAAUCAAAAGUUUUUAGGCUUUUUCCAGGCUCCGCAGAGAAUCUAUUUUGUAAUCCUAUUUCAAAAUUCCAUUUUAUUCUGACCAAAGAUACUAAACAAAACAAUUUUUGAUAACGGGUAGAAAAU